CAAAACUACAAGUCGAAACCACACACCCCUAUCUCCUCGCGUCGGCGGCCUUUGACGUUCCCACCCUCACCGCCGUCGGAUCAACCGCGCGCUCUGCCUCCAGGAGACCGCUGCCUCGCCGCCGAUGGGCUUGCUCCGCCGGAUCUCCGGCUUCUUCGGCAUCUCCCGUGACGAUGCCGACCACCCUGACUCCUCAUCCUCCAACGCCGCCGCCGCCGCCGCGGAAUUCCCGCACGACAGGGCGGCUGCGGCGGCAGCGGCGGCUCACGGCGCGAGGCGGGGGUUCAGCGUCCAGGUUCCCGUCCCCGUCGAGCGGCAGGGCCCCGGGCCCGUGCUGGUGCCCUGCCCCCAGGGGGACGGCGGCGUGCAGGUUUGUCAUACAUGUGUUGCUAUCAAUGAUUUGUCGGCUAAGGGAUUUCGGUGGUAUACAAGGAAGCUGAGGAUUGAUGAAGAUGGGGACGUGGCUGAUGAGUUCUUGGAUGAGGUUAUUCCGGAAAGCUCGAUCAACAACGGCACUAGCCCAGUUGGAAGGUUCCAACCGAAAUACAACACGAAACCAGCCAGUCUAGCGAUGAGAAAGCAGAUUAUCGCCGUUGACGGCGACAUCCGCCACAGCUUGGAACACCAAGGGCAACUGCAGUGGGUGUGAGUGGAUAUGCAAUCUUCCUCCACUGUUCGCGUUGGCCAGAAGCGCGCACAGGAGUGCCUCCAUGAUUCUUCGUUCAGUGUGUUUGGGAUGGAUCAUCUCAUGGUGAUCACUAGAUCCCUUGUACCACUAGUAGUUGUACAUUAUCGUAUCGAACAAUGACGGAGGUAAACAAGCUGCUGCUGGAAAUUUAAUGGGUAGUGUGCUUGCUUGCUAAUUGGUUAAAUUUGGAAUUGGUAAUGUGCUUGCUUGCUAAUGGAGCCAUUGGUUCCUUGCAUUUCAUGUACAGAAUAUGCAGCAACUGACAGAGUCUGAUGUAGUCUGUGAA